GUAAUAAGACAACUACUUUUAAUGGCAAGACAUUGUAAUUACAUCAUGGCGAAAAAAAAAAUAUUCUAACAUUUGCUGUGCUGCAUUUCAUAGAUUUUUUGACUUUUGGUGUGGACUCAAAGAUGAUUCAUCUCCAUGAACACGGUCUGAAAGACAACCCAUCCAUAAACAAUACAACCAUGGACAACACUGUGCCUUAGACAUGGCUCUGAAUUCUGUCGAUGACUACUACAAGGACUGUAGUAAAAUGCUCAAGAAGGUAAAAAACUAUUAUCUGAUACAAGAGAGACAAAAUGACAGAGUUUUCAAUCAGGCCUGGAUUGCUGCUGAAGACUAUUACAACUCAAGAAAUGUUCCAUUGGGAAAGCUCUCUAAAAACAAUUACAUCGCCCUCCAGGUGUAUGUGAAUGCUUCAACUAACUUUUACAAGUCUUUCAACAAUGCAACUCGUACCCAAAAGACAAGCUACAACACAUUCAAGUAUCACUCCCUUCACUUCUUCUUGACUGAUGCCAUACGAAAACUGAACAUCAAAAAACUUCUCACAACCUUCCGUGGAACCAAUAUUAGAUUUCAUGUAAAAAGUCUCACAAUUCGAUUCGGUCAGUUUACCUCAAGCUCUGAAAGCCAAAUCAUAGCUAAAGGGUUUGGAAAAAAAUCCUGCUUUGAGAUUGAAACUUAUUUUGGUGCCUCAAUUAAGAAAUACUCUUAUCUGCUGCAUGAGGAGGAGGUGCUGAUACCACCCUAUGAGGUGUUUGAUAUUACCUCUGUGAAGCUGAAAAAACACAUCCCAGAUCUCUGGUGUGAAGCUGUCUACAAACUACAGAGUACUAAGCUUCCAAAAAGUGACUUAAACUGCCAGAUGGUUAGAUUUUAGCUUUUGCCCUUUAGUGAAAUACCCAUUAAAGAUUAUAUUUUACUAACUGUCAUUUUCCCUCCCACACAUGCUGGACAUUUUCAAUAAUACGCUAUUGCUUUGCAGAACCUUCACAACCUUCAGAUCUCCUCUGAUAAAAAUGCUACCUAAAUUCCUUGCUUACAUCCUUUUCUUGUAGGUUAGAAUG